CUCAUAGUCGUACCUGAGAGGGGAAGAAGACUUACGAAGACUUACUUGCGCUUGACUACGCUCAUGCAAUUUAUUUAUCUAUUUUUAGAAUUGCUUAUCUUAAGCCGCGAGUGUUAAUGCAUUGAUACUUAGUUUUUGGAGAUUAUUCUUAGUCGCGUUUCAAGAUGGGUCGCAAACGUAAUUGUAUUCCGCGUAAUUUUUUUACAUUCCACGCGGAAAGUAAUGUUUCUGAGUGUAAAAUUUGCAAAUUGACUUUGAGUGGAAAUUUUGUGUGCAAUCUAAAGCGGCACUUAGAAAAGGUGCACAAAGGCGAAUAUGAAACCUUGGCCGAAAACAAAAAAACCGAAGUGCCCGAAAAGAAAAAGAAGUUUUCGGGGGUAAUGGGGCAAGAUGAUGUCAAGAAUGCCUGUAUUGACAUGGUGACUGCCGCAAAACUUCCGUUUGCUGUACUUGACUCAAAAGGCUUUAAGGCGUUAACAGCUCACAUAUUUAGCGGCUUGGAUAUGCCCACUGUAACUUCCAGAAAUAUUAUGAGCUUAGUCGAGGAAAAGUACAGCCAAAUUAAAUGCGACAUGGUCAAAACAUUCAAAAACAGAAUCCUCUGCCUUAAAAUGGACAUGGCCACACGAUGCAAUCGCGGAAUUCUUGGGGUUAAUGUCCAGUUCAUCGAUACCUGUGCAAUAUGUGUACAAACUUUAGGCCUGAUAGAGCUGAAAAAAUCGCACACAUCCCAAAACCUCUGUACUGAAAUACAGUCCAUAUUGCAUGAUUUUGGCAUAGCGAAACAACAAAUUUAUAGCAUCACCACAGAUAAUGGUCGAAACAUGAUCAAGACAGUGGAGCUACUAAAUGUUUGCGAGGAUGAAGAUGAUGACGAGCAAGAAAGUGCUGAGGAUUUGGAUGAAGAAGAGCUGCACAAGAAUUUUAAAAUUCAUUCCAUUAAGUCGAUGAAAUGUGCAGCACACACCCUUCAACUUGCUGUAAAGGAUUUUUUACAACGCCUGGAAUCGGUUGAGCUUAUUGACAAAGCACGACGAAUUGUUAAGCUUUUAAGAACGCCGGCGUACAGGUAUUUAAUAACUGAAGAGUUAUUGCCCCAACCAGUUCUAGAUGUUGCGACUCGUUGGAAUUCAACGUACAAAAUGCUGAACAAGCUGCAACAAUUCGAAGAUUUUUGCGAAAGGCGCCUAAAAAGCUCAUUAAAAUUAACUGCAGCUGAGUGGAGUGACUUGAAGAGGCUUGUUAAUACCCUGGAACCGGCAUACCUUGCAACAAUGAAAUUACAAAGCACUCAAUUAUUCAUGGGUGACUUUUACAAGCUAUGGCUGGAGCUCAAGCUCACUGUGGCAGCAGCAAGUACUAGUGAAAGCCAAGCUUUGAGCCAGUGCAUCCGUGACAGGGAGGAGAGCCUUUUGGGAUGCGAUGCAAUCGUUUGCAGUAUUUACUUGGAUCCACGGAUAAGACGAGUAUUGCUGCAGAACCCAAUAAGCCUGAUGCUCGCCAGAGCUCAGUUAAAGCAGCUUUUCUUGCAGCUUUUUAAUUUGAAAGAACCCACUAUUGCAAUAGCACAGCCUUGCUCCAGCAGCUCAAGCGCCAUAACUUCGUUCGGUACAUCGCAAAACUCUAACACCUGCUCGCUAUUGAACGAGUUUCUGCAAACUAUUGAGGUAACUUCAGAAGACGAAACUGAGGAUGGAGAGCGAGCAGACCUCAUCAAGAAAGGAUAUGCCGAAAUUGACGACUAUGCCCCAAAGCCAAUUUGCUUGACCUCCAAUAUUAUGGAGUAUUGGGAGGAGCAUCGAUACCGUUUUCCAAACUUAUACCAGCUGGCCAAAGUGGUGCACUCAGUUCCUGCGACUCAAGUUAGUGUUGAGAGAUCAUUUUCGGCACUCAAAAUGAUGCUCACUGAUCAGAGAUGCAACCUCGCGGACGAAUCAUUGUCAAAAUUACUUUUUGUAAAAUUAAAUAAUACUUAUUAAUUAAACGUGUUUCCGACAACAAAACCAAAAAUAACAAAAAAAUUUUAAUGUAUUUUCAAAAAGAAAAUUUUAGCGCAGGAUGUAGCUUUGUGGUCCUUUGACAAGGAUAUGCAAUAAUAUUGGCGAACAUUCUAACACAGAAGCCGUAAAUUCCUGUUGAGUUUUAUUUUAAGCGAAAAAAAUAAAAAUCAUUGAUAAU